AUGGAUUCCUCUUCGUCUAUUCACCACUAUGCAUCUUGUGUUCCUUCAUCAUUAUAUCCCGAUCUUCUCGAUAUUCGCUCUCUCGGCCACAAUAGUAAUAACGUCAACCUCAACGACGACCAGCUGAACACUAUUCAUAAUCAUAAUUCUUCCCUGUUUAUUCCAAGCCAGGGCAUGCUGAAUUCCCAUUCAACGCACCCCACAUCUGCCACUACUCCUCGUGUGCCAACAAGUUACAUCUCAUCUUCAUCCAGAAGAGCACUUGAGGAAACCUCAACUAAUACACAACUAUCUUCUCCAUCACCACCAGGAAAUCUGUCACCAGUGUCUAUUAGUAACACUGAUCAGCUAAAGCGCAACUCGCUCAAGUUGGAUCAACGAAAGCGCUCCAGAAUUAUUAGAGCGCAAGGCAACCUGGCUGCUUCAACUCCAAGAACGCUGGCGGCCGCCGUUGCGCAGGAGCAGGAUUUGGUGCCAUAUCACCAAUAUAGAGCUCGCCAGAGGAGAGACGCUUCGAUGGAGGGAGAAUCUGUAUGGGACGAGGAGCUCGAGGAGGCAUUCAUGGAAGCUAUCCAAAAGAUCCCGAAGAUCGGAAGGAGGAAGCUCUCAAUGGAGGGGAAACCCCGCGGAAGGAAUGAAUUGAUUGCAGAUUACAUCUUCAAGGUCACUGGAAAGCGGAGGACGCGGAAACAGGUCUCAAGCCAUAUUCAGGUGUUGAAGAAUCUUUUGCGGAACAACAAGGACUUCAUGAAGCUAGUAACAACGGAGAAACCUGCAUCUGGGUGGGACAACAACUCUGAUAGCUGGAAGGAUGAGGCCGAAAUCAAUAUGGCGCCGAGUCCAGCACCUUCAAAUGGUUCGCAAUUCUAUCCCUCUCAUUCCAGCGGCUCCUCCGGUGACUUCGGUGGUUCAAAUGAUUCCUCGGUAUAUUACCCGCAGGGGAUGUUUAAUCCUGAGGAGGAGGUAUUACCCACAGUUAGACCCACGAAUUUUGCUAUGUGGGUUGGCUCCCCAAGCCACCACGCUGCUGGUGUGGAGGGCUGCUUUCACACCUAUACACGUCUCUCUCACACAGAAAGGCCUGCAGCUGCAGCACCGUUAUCAUCAAUCCCAGAGUGGAACACUCGAUUCCCACACCUUGCGGAUCUUCUAGAACACUCAGAGUCAGCAACACCCAGCUUCCCGAUUGUGCACUUUGAAUCGAGCGUGUCCGUCAUGCCCACAAUGCCCUCGCAAUCAUCGGUCCUCUGCGCUGAAUUUGAAGUUACGUCAUCCAGCCCUACAUACGACAAUUACGGCUGGGAGUGUGUGACUCGUAUAUACUCGACGGGAAAGCGGGUCUGGGAAUCGUCCCAAGCCUGUUCCGUCACUGAUGAGUUCAACGGGAGUAAGAAGCUCACACUUCCCUUUGCAUCAGAGUUCUGGGCUGCGUUCUACACCGAGCUCUCUACCGCCCAACGGCAAGAUGGAGCUGCUACACUAGACGGGGAGCGUCUGCGCCGCAGACGGGGGAAGGAAGCCCGAGCAGCAAUCAAGGGUAUCACCGUCGUACAGGAGCUUUUCUCAACAGCCCUAUCGAGUGCAGGGAUCAAGCGGAGGUCAGCGAUGUUCCUCUGGGAGUUCACUAAAGCCGACCCUAGCAGCCUUAUUGGAAAGACUACAUGGCGCCAAAUAAUCCCUCCAAUGUCGCAAAUGAUGGAGAACCCCACAUGCACACCAACUCCAUCUUCCUGCUCGUCAAGUAUCGGGGUUGUAGAUGAUAGCCCUUGGACCCAACUGCCACUCUCCCCCUUUGACCCACUCUCGCCGCCCAUAUACUUCCUGGGCUCUAGCCAGCAGCAACAGCAGCAGCAGGCCAAUACGUUCCCAACACAGGAGGAUGUCAACUACCAAUUCCUCCAGUCGUCGCAGGCAGGCCCCUCAACACUGCCACCUUUCACUGCAGGACUUCUUGCUCUAUCGUCGACUGGCCCCGUCAUGCCAGAUCCAUCGGAAUAUUUCACGCAGUGGCCACAGGGAUUCUCUCCUGUUUCGGCAGUAGACCAUGGAGAUUCGUAG